CGAGCACCCUUUCUUGGAAUUCUCACCCGCAAAGGUCGCUGUACUGUGCACUGGUGCGGUAGUUAGUGUAAAAGCGAUGCCCAUGAGGUGCAUAUAUGCGUGAAAUGAAGCUCAUCGUUCGGCACCGGGUAUGUAGCCGUAAUUUGAGAUUGCCCCUUGCAAUCGACCACGAUGACGAGCACGACCACCCCUCUUGAGCCAUUGUUCUCCUUCGUCGCCGAGUCCUUGCUGGCGCUUGAAAGGGCCUUUUACAAAUUACCAGGCUCUGGUGUCAUCGAGCGGUAUGUCAGAAGCUCCCACCAAAACGAUCCCGGUCGCACGCUGUUGGAACUCGUCCUUGUCGCGUUAGUCAUACGGACCCUUCUCCAAUCUCGAACACGGGCAGACAGAACUGGAAAAAGCUUCAUCGAGUUUUCUGAAAAGGAAGUUGACGAACUCGUUGACGAAUGGGUUCCAGAGCCUCUUUCACGCCCUUUGACCUCCCAGGAAGAUCUCGAGCUCUCUUCUGUGCCAAUCAUUGUCGGUCAGAAUGGUCCCAAGCCCAAACUUGCGUCGACGGGCAAGGUCGCCUUCAACUUGUCUAGCCUCAACUUUACCGGUCUGGCUGGCAACGAGGUAAUCAAGGAAAAGGCUGUAGAAGCGCUCAGGAAAUAUGGUGUUGGGAGCUGUGGUCCUUGUGGAUUCUAUGGCACUACUGACGCCCAUCUGGAUUUAGAGCGGGAUAUUGCAGAUUUUCUGGGUACAGAGGCUGCUAUUCUGUAUUCUCAGGGUUUUUCUACCAUCACAUCAGUCAUUCCGGCAUUCUGCAAACGCGGGGACAUUAUCGUCGCCGACCGUGGUGUCAGUUUCCCUAUCCAGAAGGCAUUGCAGAUUUCUCGCUCCACCAUCCGCUGGUACGACCAUAAUGAUUUGAAGAGUCUUGAGGAGGUACUUCAGAGUAUCGAGAAGGACCGAAAGAAGAGACGGGCACCCCUCACCAGACGGUUCAUUGUUACGGAAGGAAUCUUUGAGAAGGAUGGUGUCAUGGUGGACCUUCCCAAGCUGAUCGAACUCAAACUGAAAUAUAAGUAUCGUCUAAUCCUCGAAGAAUCAUACUCGUUUGGUGUCGUGGGACGGACCGGACGUGGUCUAACGGAGCUAUACAAUGUCCCCGCUUCAAAAGUAGAUAUGCUCGUCGGUUCUGUCGCCAUCGGGCUGUGUGCAGCUGGCGGUUUCUGCGCCGGAACACAUUUCGUCACUGAACAUCAGCGAAUCAACGGUACAGGCUUUGUCUUUUCCGCCUCUAUGCCUCCGCUCCUUGCUGUCAGCGGUUCCGAGGGCAUCAACAUCCUCCGCUCCUCCCCGUCCAUCUUCGAGUCUCUCCAGGAAAACGUCCGGGCAGCACGUGCAAUCCUCGAUCGCAUCGAUUGCAUCACUAUACCCUCUCACCCCGCCUCGCCCAUGAUCCACAUCCAGAUUCGUUCGUCCUCUGCACAGACCCUGCUCCCGUCUGCUGCUGCACACCAGUCUCCUAAACCAUCGAACCCGUCGUCCAUCCUACCCAGGGACGCGAGCAGAUGGGAUUGGGAUAUCGAGACGGAAGAGGUUUUACUCCAUGAGGUCGUCGAGGAGGCUCUAGCACAAGGUGUCAUGAUUGCCAAGGCACAGAGAUUGCGAGGUCAAGAGAUGGUGGAGGCCAGGCCAAGUAUUCGAUUGGCAAUGACGAGUGCGUUGACGAAGAAAGAGACAGAAAAAGCUGUCGGCAUUGUGAAAGCCUCUUUGGUGAAGAUUCUUGGAAAGAGACGAUUCUAGAUCAUUCACAACAGCUGCCAUCCGGAUUUUUAUACCAGAUAUCUUAAUGUCGACUUUAAACUCGCUACUGCUGCAAUACUAUCUCACAUAUACU